AUGGCUACUCAGGUUGCAGGCGGUUUACCUAAGGAGAAGCCAAAAGCUGUGCAGGUCUUUGGAAGAAAAAAAACAGCAACUGCCGUCGCUCAUUGCAAACUUGGGUCUGGAAGUAUACGGGUCAAUGGUAGACCACUAGAUGUGUUGGAACCUCGCCCUUUAUUGCCUAAGUUGAUGGAACCAAUCCUCCUUCUCGGGAAACAUGGCAUAUCCAACUUGGAUAUCAGGGUACGAGUCAGUGGUGGAGGCCGAGUGGCCCAGAUUUACGCAAAAUACGUUGAUGAAUGUUCAAAGAAUGCUAUUAAAGAAAAGUUCGUCCAGUACGACAGAAGUUUGUUGGUUGCUGAUCCUAGAAGAUGCGAACCAAAGAAGUUUGGUGGUCCAGGUGCACGUGCCAGAUACCAAAAGUCUUAUCGUUAA